UUUUUUUUCUACUUUAACAGAGUCAUCAAUAUGUUCAAGACAUAUAUUUGAAAGGUGGGGAACUAGUGGAAGAGUUGCAACUUUUUGAAAAUACAAACCUUAUACUUCUCCUGUUGCAUACCUGGCAAGUACUAAAGGAAACCUCAGCCACACAUCAACAAAAUGCAACGGAGUCUAUUACAUACUGCAUCUCAGCUGGCACAUGGGACAUGUUUGUCUCUUCCUCGCACUAGUGUCUUUCAGUGCUUAAAAGGACAAUCGCUGUUGUCUAAUGUUGGAUGCAAAGUGAUCCUGGCACUGGACCCUCCUAAACGAUGUCUUCAUGCAGGUGCAGCAUGCUUUGCCUCAAAGAAAAGUGCUUUUUCAUCACAUCCAGCAGACACUCCUCACAAAGGACCAGAAGAGAGAAAUCCUUCGACUUCGGCCACUGAUACACCCAAGCAGAGCCCUGUAGAGUCAGAUUCUUCAGAUCCUGAUCCACUACAAGACAAAUCAAUUAGUCUUGUUCGGAGAUUCAAAAAAACUUUUAAACAGUAUGGAAAAGUCAUGAUUCCAGUGCAUCUUCUGACUUCCACUGUAUGGUUUGGAUCCUUUUACUAUGCAGCCAUGAAAGGAGUGAAUGUUGUUCCAUUCCUAGAAUUGAUUGGCUUACCAGACAGCAUAGUAAACAUCCUGAAAAAUUCCCAGAGUGGAAAUGCACUAACUGCAUAUGCAUUGUAUAAAAUUGCAACUCCUGCCAGGUACACUGUGACUUUGGGAGGAACGUCCAUCACUGUUAAAUACCUGCGUAAGAAUGGCUACAUGUCCACACCACCACCAGUAAAGGAAUAUCUACAAGACAGGAUGGAGGAAACAAAGGAUAAAAUUACAGAGAAGAUGGAGGAAACAAAGGAUAAAAUUACAGAGAAGAUACAAGAAACCAAAGAUAAAGUUUCAUUUAAAAAAAUAAAAGACUAGGAGCGAUACUUAAUUUUUGGAUAUAUCAAACUUAGCACUUUAACCCUUUGUGAGGCAAGAUAUACAAAGUGCACUUCUGAGCUUUUUCGGUUUUCUUUUUUUUUCUUUUUUUUCCCCCCCGCCUUGUCUGGAGGCUAUGGUUGCUCUGUGGAUUUAAAAAUUCUGUAUAUUCACCAGGGUUAAAGUUCCUUGGGGGAGAGAUAGUGACAAAAUUUCAAUUUACAGAAGGAAAAGCAAACCUUGGUCUAGAAGUUCACAUGUCCAGUGGUAGUAGUGUUAACAGUUACUCUUCCCUCUCCCUCCCCGCCCCGCCCCAAAUGAAGAUGCUUUCUUCCAAAAGCCACUGCUUUAUUCUUCUACCAUCAUAGUGCACAGCCAUUAUUCCAUUAGACUGAAUCUUCUAUUAAAUGAGAAUGAAGAUUUCUCUACUGGGGAAGGCAACAUAUUUUGGUUUUCAGAGUAUGUGGACCAAGGCCUCUUUAAUCGUGAUCAUCUCUCAACUUGGAGACAGACCGUUAUCACAGGUACUGCAGGUGAAGGAAUCAAUGGAUUAGCUACUCAGUCCGAAUGAGUUGUAACAGCUACAUUGAGCUGAGGUGUGACAGUUUACAGGUUGAGACUAUGAGUCUUUCUUGGACAGUGUAUCUUUUCAGAAAUCUCAACUUAAAGCUAAAGAAGAUGAAUUAAUCACGGUAGCCAUACUGUCAAGUGUACUUUGCUUCCUAAAGUUGAUUUACAGUAGAAAGAAAGUUAUUAAAUGAAAUUCAUCAAUAAUUGUAUAUUAAAAACUAGGAUUUUUUUUUUAUUAUGUUAAAGUUUACAAAACUGUUCUAUUUCACUUUUGGAACAAAAAAAUUCUGAAAGAGAAGUUUACUUGAGAAAUUGCUGUACUGAGGGGCUUUUUAAAUACAUGCAAAGUUAGAGUUAAACCCUAAAGUUCCUCCUAUUCGGGAAUCCCACAGACUUAGUAGAACAAUUUAACUUAAAUAAGCAUGCUUUCUGAGGCAGGGAUCACAGCCUACCAAACUUUUUUUCCCUAGAUUUUCUUAGGUCAAGCAAAUACUCAUAGCUGAAGGCUGAAAUGCUGUCUUGGAGAUGUCAUAAAGGACUAAAGUUGGAAGUCUUCUGUUUGACUGGGCAGGCAAACUUCUCUCAUGGUUUCAUUCAAGCGUAGGCUAAACUGAAGUGUGUUUUUCCUAUUUCUAUUACAGAUCUCACUUUGUAGCAACUCUCUGCAUGUGUAUCUUGUUUAACAAAGGUGGUUUUUUGCAGGGGGAUAUGGGGAAGCAGCAGAGUUGGACCCUGAGCAUUGUAAUUGACUACAGUAAAAGAAUAUAGCUGAUAAAGUCUCAGCUCUGCCCCACUCUUAUAUUUUCAGUCAAGUCACUGAGGGCCUCUCCAUGUUUAAGUGAGUUGAACUUUGUUAACUUAAUUGUGCAGGACUGAUUACGUGCUUCUCUGCCUCUGUCCACAUGUCAAAUAGUAACUGCGAUCUAAUGCCUACCUCACAGGGAUGUUGUGAGGAAUAAUCAUUGUAUAUUCAGUGCCCUGAAGAUGUAAAAUGCCAUGUUUCUGAUAAAUAUUAUU